CGCAUUGUGGCCAACCAUGCCGCACAUUUCCGAACCAUAUAAGAGCACCCCUCCUUCGAUGCGAUCCUGCCAAAGCCUCCCACUUCCUCUUUACUUUCAGGACCGGUUCCUUCUUUUUCUCCCGGCAUUUGCUUGACGACUCAGUUUACGACCAUCCCACCACUGUCUCUGAUUCCAUCCGAUCUCUUCCUGCACGAUGUUCUCGACCGUCUUCAAACUCUCUUUCAUCACUCUGGCCUUGGCUCUCCACGUCCAGGGCCACGCCAUGCCGUCGCCAGCGCUCGGCGUGCAGGGCGCCCCGAAGCGCAGCGACGUCCAGCGCCCCUCGACCGCGAAACCGUGCGGCAACGUUAACAUCGCUGCCACCCUCGACACCUCGACCGCGAUCCCUGCCGCGGCAGAUGGGACGGUCCUCAUGAACAUGACCAACUUCAACGCCGGCACGGAUGGUGCGCGCUUCGUCGCCUCCCUCGGAGUCGAUCCGACUGGACUGGGGAAGAACUUCACCGCCGUCAACGUCACGGUCAACGGCGACAAGAACCCGACUGGCACCGGCACACAGCAACUCCAGUUCUCGCUUCCAUCGGGGACCGCAUGCACCGGAGGCAAAACGGGUGACCUCUGCCUACUGACUGUGAAGACGUCCAGCGGCUUCGGCGGAUGUGUGGUCGUUAGCCAGGCUCUGACUGCCGGUUCCGCCACCCCCGCCGCUGGUGACUCGACAAUCGGCUCCACGACCAAUACAACCACAACGACUGCAAGUGCCCCUCAGAGCAGCAAAGCCUGCAAGGCUAAGGCCGCCAAGCGCCGGGCACUCGGCACCCGUGCACCUCGUGCUUUGCGCAGAAGCCUGCAUGCAAACCCUGUCUUUGGGGACAUGAUCUGAGCAUUGAAUCCAUGCAUGCAAACGACGACGAUGUAUCUUUAGCCCACUUACCACGCACUAGCUGUAUUCCCCUGUAAUGUAUUCCUUGUGUUUCAUCGCUCGGAUAGUCUUUGAGAGACCCGUAUAUGCGUCCACAGCCUG